AUGGCGGUAAUUCCAACAGAUUCACCCUAUGGCACAAACACGGACGACACGAACGCGGACAAGAUGAACGCAGACGACUUGGAUGCGGAUGACGUGGACGCGGAACAGACGGAUGUGGACGACGUGGAUGUGGAGAACAUAGACACGGAGAAGGAGGAUACAGCAAACCUGAAGGGUUUCAGUGCAAUGAUAGCUUCGUUUACUUUCUCACCAACUCAAGCUGCAGCAAGGAGAUCACCUCGAUUCAGCUCAAUCCAGACUCAGGUCGAGGACAUCCUCCCAUUAACUCAGGAUUUUAAGCGGCGCAAGCCCCGCCGCGAGCUCGAUACUGCAAGACUCGUCAAACCCAGGUUCACUGAGAUGCCGAAGGAAGAAGGUCUGGGUGCGACCAAGGCGCAAAAGGCGAAGGUAACGCUGAAAGCGAAGGUUAAGCGUAGUUACGCUCCUCCGGAAACAUACGCUCACCUUCAACCGUUACCGGACUACCUCAAGGAGGGGCUUGAUAUCUUGUUCUGUGGUAUCAAUCCUUCUGUAAAAUCCGCCACAGCAGGACAUCAUUAUGCUAAUCCGACAAAUCACUUCUGGCGCUGUCUCCAUCGCUCGGGUACUGACAAUGACACUGGCCCUGGCUUGACUCCCGCAGAGCAAGCAUUACCUCCUUCGGAAGACCACACACUUCCGGAGAGGUUCAACCUCGGCAUGACAAAUAUCGUAGACCGACCGAGCGCAGAGGCAAAUGAGUUGUCUCCAGCCGAGAUGCGGGCGGGGGUUCCCGUGCUGCUGUCCAAGAUCACCCGCUUCCGCCCACGCAUCGUCUGUUUCGUCGGAAGGUCGAUAUGGGAGGCCUUCUAUCGCGUGCUCGUGGGUCCACCCAGCUCCCGGAGCCAGCCCGCCACGUCCAUCGGCGACGAGACUGAAGGGUUGUCCGGUGGAGCGUCAAACGCGCGCGCGGAAGCCUCAGAAGCACCAAGUGGGAAGACAAAGAAAGCGAGGCCGAAAGAAUUGAAGAGACGGUCGCCCACCUCGAAAGCGGCGCGCUUCGACUUUGGCAUUCAACCAUACAAAGUUGUACACCCAGACAACGACAAUUUCACGAUACGUGAGACACUCUUUUUCGUCCUCCCGAGUACGUCUGGAAGGGUAGUACGGUACCAGUUGGCCGACAAAAUUGCCAUGUGUGCAAACCUGAAGCAACGACUUGAAGCACUGACAGCUGGAUCAUAUAGCACAACUGCCAUGACCGUAAUCCCAGUCGUGCUAAAUGAAUAA